AUGUCAGGUGUUAUUAGCGAAGAGAAGAUGGGAAUGCUUAGAAAAAUUCAGCAAAUAUGGAAGCACAUCUGUCCAUCAAAGCGAGUUACAGCGUUCAUUAAUGUUUUGUCAUUGAUUGAUCAGAAACGAGAGCACGAUAACCAUCAGCGUGGUACAACCAAGAAGCGAAAGGAUAGACCAGAAGUGCAAGACGAGUAUGAAACGGAUAAAGAUUAUAUUGCCGAUUGGGGUGAAGUUGAAGACCAUGAGAAUCAAAAUGAUGGUGGAAACGAUGAUAUUGAUAAAGACACCCGUGCUAAAGUUGAUAAAGAGGCAUUUCGUCAAUCAUUCGAAAAAAUACCAGAAACAGAAAAAUUAAAAUUAAGUUCUGGUAGAGUAGUUGAGGAUAUACUUUUCAAUUACGUAAAAGACAAUGAUUACGAAGAUCAUGCGCAUUCUUUUAUCAUAAAUUAUGAUGAUCAAGGUAUUAGAGAGUUGUUCCAAUGA